AUGUUCCGCUUCAUACGACCUCGGAGAAGUCUGAUCUCCAUGAGUAGACUGCCUUUGAAACUGGAGGCCCAGCAUCAGAGAGGAGAAAUUGCAAAUAUCCAGAAAGUCCGCUUCAAGAAGCAGCGACUAAGGCCAAAGACGAUUCUGAUAUAUACUCUUGCCGUCUAUGUUGGUGCAUCGGCUUACUCUAGUAUCGUACUGGAUCCAUUGGAAAGGGCUGCUGUGGACGCGUUACAACAUCUACCAAAUGAAGAGUUCGAGGAGGAGACCCCCCCUCUCUUCAUCCCGUUCCCCGGCACAACGAAGCAGUUGAAACCUGUUCCAUACCGUGGCAAUGACCCUGAGUGGCAAGAGUUUCUCAAGUUCAGCAAAGAUAAGAAGUUGGCCCAGAACGUUAGAGAGGAACUUGCAACUUUUGUCCAGUCAGUCGCCGUCAAACACCCGAUACUAUCGAUCCGAUGUGGAAAGGAAAUGACGUUGAGAAGAUAUUGGCUUGAUGUAGACUUCCCACAAGCUGCACCGCCAGGAUUCGAGCGAAAAGGUAUCGAGAUUGGAGAUAACUAUAUCGAAUGGACGACUCAGCCUGUAGACUCCCUCACCGUAUUCAGGAUUCGGCAGGCAUUGUGGCCCUCCGCAUUGGUUCAAUCAUUCUGGAGCUUCACGAAGGUUAUGGUUAUCGACGAUAUCAAACGCAUUGCAGGAAUGCUGGGAAUCAGAUCAGGUCCCACGCCACCAUCCCUGGAUCAAUUAUUAGCACGGCAUCAGCAAUUACUCAAGGGUCCCCAAUCACCUCAGCUGCAUGGCAAGGACAGCAGCCCGGCUCAACCCCCGACCAUAGCUCAACCCUCGAAAGGUGUGCCUAGCUCUGCUGCUGAGAACCCCGCGCUGAUGGACAAAGGCCCGGACGAAGAGGAGUUAGCAUCAAAGGGAAUGGCUUUCCAUGCACACUUCUUUCGGCCAAUAAUGGCAUUCAAGGCUAAAUUGGCUCAAACUUGGAAGCCAGCACCAAAUUAUCCUCCACGGGGAAGUAUUUUGGUUUCCGGAAUGGUGGAAUUAGACUCUCCCAGAGCUUGGCUCGUAUUCGAUGUGAAGGCGGCAUGGGACCCAAAAACGAAAGAAUACGAUCCAAGGAGCAUGUUUAUUCAGCUCCGGCGGUUACAACCAAAGAAACAAUCUCCUGUACAAUGA